GGCGGUUCUGGGGCGAUGUCGACAUCGAGGUAACCGGUUAGCACCCAGCGAAUCGCUCGUAAUGUCUCACUAUGAAAAGGCCUCUAAAGGCAAACGUCAGCUGUCAAAGGGCAGUUACUGAUUAUCAGUUAAGGUAACUAACAGUUAAUCAUAGACUCAAUACUGUAAGUUCAUGUUUGUUUCUGACCAUAGAUGAAACAUGCAGAUUGUCAAAUCCACAGGCAUAUACAUGUUAUUUUCGCCUGACUUGGGCUGGCUGAGCGCCUACCAAGGUGCGUUGAAUGGGCAGUCAUCGUCAUCCUCCAAUGCCAAAAGACACUCGUAUCAAACGAGGGUCCAACACCCAGCAGAACAAAACUCGGACCCUGCCUGGGACCUGCUGCAAGAGGCCAAGCCAGCCAAGAGCCAUACAGCAGUAGCAGCAGCAGUAGCCGCCUCCCAAAAGCACCCAAAUUCAAGGGUCCUGCCCCGUGGCUGCUUACUAGCCUACAAGCCUGACUCGCUGAGGGGUGGCGCCCGUUAUACUUUGCUAGACGGCAGUCUGAUCCUGUCACGCAUAUGUCCAGCGGCAUUUACUCAAGGAAUGAUCUUCUCUGCAGGCUGCGCCGCCGUGGUUUAG